AUGCACACACUCAGACCUCACACUCAGACCUCACACUCAGACGUCACACCACCGCCGUCCCAACGACCAGCUACAGCCUUACACCUCACCUCAUCUCACACACCACAUCUCACAACCACAACCAUGCCCUGGAACCCCUUCUCCACCUCCCCAACACGCAGCAGUCACUCCUCGCGCCCCCGCAGCAACUACGCGCGCAGCUCCGCAGGCAGCAGCUACUCGUCCUCGCACCGCGCGUCCACAUCCCGCUACGGCCGGCAACCGCGCGACGGGUACCUCCAAUCGCUGUACCGCAAGCUGCGCCAGCUGUGGCGCGAGCUGGUGCAGUACGCGCGGCGGCACCCGUACAAAGUCUUCUUCGCGGUCGUGAUGCCGCUCGUCAGCGGGGGCGUGCUGCACAAGCUCGCGAGGCAGUUUGGCGUCCACCUGCCCGACAUGGGGCGGUCCGGGGCGAGCGGUGGGUUUCCUCGCCGCGGCCAUGGUCGGGCGAGCGCCGGGUACUACGGGAGCGAGGGGUAUGGACCGCCGCCGUCGAGUGCUGGUGCUGGCGCUGGCGGUGUGUUUGGGGGCCUCGAUGUCCAGAGUGUGGCGGGCGGGAUUGGGAAUCUCGCCACCAUUGCGCAGAUGGCCAGUAAAUUCAUCUGA